AUGGCUGGAACACGCGCCCCGCCCCCCGUCGACACCGUCCUUGACGCCAUCGGCAACACGCCAUGCGUGCGCCUCCGCCGCAUGGUGCCGGAGGGAUGCGCCGACGUGUAUGUAAAGCUCGAGUCCCUCAACCCGACGGGGUCGUACAAGGACCGCCUGGCGCGAGCCAUCAUCGAGGAGGCCGAGCGCCGGGGGGACAUACGGCCGGGGUCGACCGUCGUCGAGGCCACCGGCGGCAGCACGGGCUCGUCCCUCGCCUUUGUAUGCAGCCUCAAGGGGUACCGGUUCGUCGCCGUCUGCUCCAACGCGUUCGCCAGGGAGAAGCUGCGGACGAUGGCGGCGUUCGGGGCCGUCGUCGAGAACGUCCACAGCCCCGACGGCAAGAUCACGCCGGAGCUCUUCGCCUCCAUCGUCGGACGGGCCAAGACCAUCGUGGCGGAGAACGAGGGGCACUACGCGGCGGACCAGUUCAACAACAGGGACUGCAUCGUGGGCUACAGGACGCUCGGCGAGGAGCUCGUCGCGCAGUUCCCCCAGGGGAUCGACGCCUUCUGUGCCGCUAUCGGGGGAGCCGGCAUGGCCAUGGGCACGUCGACGGUUCUCAAGGCUACGCGUCCCUCUACGCGCGUGGUCGUUCUUGAGCCGGCGUCAGCGCCGCUUCUGACGCAGGGGAAGGGGGGCACUCACGGCAUCGAAGGCAUCGGGCCCGGGUUCGUCCCGCCUCUGCUCGACAGAGCCUUGUACGACGAGGUUCGCGCGUACCCCGAGCAGGAGGCGCGGGAGAUGUGCCGCAGGCUCGCGAAGGAGGAGGGCAUCUUGGCCGGCACUUCGACGGGGCUCAAUGUUGUCGCUGCGCUCGCGCUGGCGAAAGAACUCGGUCCCGGAAAGGUGGUCGUCACUGUUGCGUGCGACACGGGGCUCAAGUACACGAGUGGGAAUCUGUACGAGUAG